CCCUACCUUCAGUCCUUUGCAAGUGGAGAAGGAAAAAAUCUACAACAUUCUCUUGUCUUCCUACCAUUCUCUUUCUUUUCUUUCUUUGUUCUCAAAUCAAAAGCUGUUACAAAUGAGGCCUUCUAUGGCUUUAGUACCCCUUCUUUUGCUACUACUAAUAGUCACAGCUCAAGGUAUACGUUUGGAACCUCUGUCAACGCUUUCAAGCCAUCGAAAAAUCCAUGAAGAGAAGGAAAGCAGGCUGGUUGAAGAAAGUGGUGGUGUUGGAGAAGUUAAUCUAUGCAAAGAUGGGCAAUGUUCAGGAAGAAGUAGAAAACUCAUGACCAACACAAGGUCUACUUCCAAGACUUCAGAAAAUGAAGGGAUGGAAAUUGGAGCCACGCCGGGGCACCAUUCGAGCAAAGAAGUCAAUGGGAAUCAAGAGAACUUCUCCGUUAAAUCGACGGUGUCGGAGCACCGGCUAUCCACCACCAAGCACUAUCCGGACAUCAUCGAUAUAGCGGGGAUGGAUUACUCUCCUGCGAGGAGGAAACCUCCAAUUCACAAUUGAGUGUGGGUGACAAGUAAACAAAAAGAUUAGGACAAAACAGGAAAAGGUUAGACAGCAUUACAGAAAAUGCUGCAGUUUCUUAGGGUUAGGGAUGAUUUUGUACAUUAAUAUAUUCUAUUAUUCUUAUAUUAAUCUGAUGAUUGUGUGCAUCAUCACUUAAGAUACGAAUGUGGUCUCCUACAUUAAUGUAUUUGACACGCUGGUGGAGUAUGAGAUAUGUAGGCAUGCUGACGACCAACGUGCAUGUGGCAUAGUGUCAAUCAAUCCAAAUUGUGGGGCUCAUACACAAUGGAUAAUCCUUAAGUUCCAAUUGGUGCCAGGAAAUGGAUGGUUAAAAUGAAGGAAGGUAGACGCUCCAAGUUUAACAAAGAAAAUAUAGCUUAUGUUCA